UGGGUGUCAGUAGAGUGUUGUUAACUGCCCUCCUGUCAGCGGAAGUACAUCAACGUACACAACGCUGAUGUCGCUGACACGUGGGUACACAUAAGUUUCGGAAGUCAUGCGCUUGUGUCUCUAAAAUUAAUAAAACAUGUCGAAAAGGCAGAGAGCUGUAUCAGCUGAAAAGACCGGUCCAGAUGUGGAGCAAGCAGAGCCGGAAAUCCCGGAGACGAGACGGACCCGCAGCGGCCGCCAAGUGCGCACUCCAGCCGCACUGCUGGAAUCAGAAGUCCCGGUAAGGACUCCCACCCGGAGGACGAGGAGGUCUGUUCUCCAGGAGCUGCCGGCUAUGGAGCAGAAAAACACGGAGGAGGUAGCACCGGUACUCGAGACUGUGGUCGAGGAGAAGCUUGGAACGCCAUCAGAACCAGAACCAGUGUCCGUACCCGCGGAGCCCCGCACUGAGGCUGCAGAAGAAACAGACAGGAUCGCCAAUGAUGAUAACGGAGACGUGAAUCUGCCUGAGCCCACGCCAGCAGAAACGGUACCCACCACGACCGAAACCGUCCCCAAGAAGAAACCUCGUUUGGGGUCAGGUUUGGGAAAUCAAAAGCCGGCUGUGCCGCUUGGAAAACCCAAAUCAGGAAGGGUGUGGAAGGACCGCAACAAGCAGAGGUGAGGCCAACACCAUACAGCACGUUUUAUUACGCACGACAGCAGACUUUUAACCUGAACCCUAGAACAUCAUCACUAUCGCCGGGUGAUUUUUACCCGAAAUAAUAUACCCAAGAAAAAGGACUUAAAAUAUAUCAAAAUAGAACAAUACAUGACAAAGUAAAGUAGUUUUCUUUAAAUAACUGAAAUUAGGCAUUCAUGAACACACACACACACACACACACACACAUAUAUAUAUAUAUAUAUAUAUAUGUGUGUAUAUAUAUUUAUGUAUAUAUAUGACAGAGAGAGAGAGAAACUGUAAACUUAUUGUCUUUUCCACCCAUUCCUGGGGCAUGUGAGUCCUCCCUGGUGAAGACUCAGGGUCCUUGGCAUGCAAAUUCCAGGACCACUCCUACUGACCUCAAUCCCUACAUGCACCUAUCAAAUCCACCCAAACCCACUUACCCUCUUUUAGGUGAAAAUCACCCGAACAUGUGCCUGUGGGAAAAAGCAGGUUUUGGAUCAGGGAAACAAUUAUGCCUUUAAAGAUGUUCAAGGAAAUGCCGAAGCUACCCAGAGACCCAUGAUACUCAGACAAACACAACAAAAUGAAAAUCACAUAAACAUGUUUGGUCGGGUGAAAAUCACCCGGCGAUAGUGUUCUAGGGUUAAUGUUGGGGAUGGAUAUAGCCAGGUCACUUACUAUACCCUGUACAAGACAAAUGUACAGUGUUCUAACUGUCACUGAGACCUCAACUCCUAAGCAGCUUGGAUGAGUUAUACAAUGUACUGCAAGUCUUAACAGAUUUGAUAGUUACAAAUAAUUUAAACCUCAUAGUUGAUAAAAAUGCUUCAAAUGUUGAAACUGAAAGAUCAUGGAUACUGUGUCCUCUGUGAGGGACCACCUGGCUUAGUAUCAGUGCACAUUUCAAAAGCCAGCAUCUGUGAUGGUGUGGAAAUGGCCAAGAGAUAGUUUCACAGGUGGCACGUUACAUAUGAGGGGAAGACAUGCCUUCUGUUUCAUGGUGUGCCAAACACAUAUGAGAGACAAAUGAGGACGGUUGGUAGGCCAGUGUAGUGUGCGGUGACUCCUACUGCGGAGCAAUGCUGUUGUAAAAGGUACAGAAUGCGGUUUGGAAUUUUCAUGCAGAAAUAUGCAUUGUCUGGGAGACUUUGAAAGCUGGAUUUAUAAGAUCACAGGGCAGUUGUCUACUCGGGCCAGAGGGUUAGCUGGAUCAUGUUUAUAUUAGGUUUCCUCUUUUCAUGGUACAAUUUUAACCUGCAUUUGUGGAUAAAGUCACAAAUCAAGUUCAUAAACAAAGCUAUAUUUUGUUUUGUUUGUUUUUAAAAUCAUGUUGAUAUAAAUGUUUUUAUUGUGGCAGAUGAAUAAAAAGUCAGAUUGAUUUCCUUGAACGAAAUGAGAGAAGCAAAAUGCAUUUUUGUUGCAGGAAUUCAUGAGAAUCUGUCUUGAAUGAUCUUUUAACCCUCUCUAGUUGAUGUUUUUAAAUACAUUAUAUAUUUUAGGUUCUCUGCUGUGGUACGGGAUAAACAAUUGUGCACCUCUUGGGAAAAGAAAAUGGAGGCCAAACGAGAGAAGCAGCUGGUGCAACAAUACUCUUCACAGCUGAAAGAGGAGAAAGCCAGACAGAAAGAAGUAAGUGAUAGCUGUUUUGCUGAUUUGAGCCUUUCAGUGGUUAAAUACUCUGCACUUCUUGGUGUAUUUAAUGUUUUCUGGAUUUUUAGGAAAAGAGGAAAAGGAGAGAGGACAACUUGAAACGCCGAGCAGAGAAUGAACGCAAAGCAGAGAUCGUGCAAGUGGUAUGUCAGAUGUUGUUCACAAUAAGUAUCUAAGAACGUCUUCUAGAGUAGGCGUACGAAGAAUUUAUUUUUGCUUUAAUUUCUGCUGUCUUAUUUUUGUCGCAGAUCAAGAACACAGCAAAGAUUAAGAGGAUGAAGAAGAAACAACUGAGAAAAAUUGAGAAGAGAGACACGCUGGCUCUGCUGCAGAAGUCACAGAUGCAGAGCGGAAAAGGGGCCAAGGGCCAGAAGAGUAAAAAUGUUGACAAAGAUCAAAACCAAAAGACUGUGAGAUAAUUACAAAGCGUUAUGUUUUCUAAAUCCAUGACUCAUACUGAAAUACAACAAACAUUAUCGUUAUUCACACUUCACAAAUAAAUUACUGUUUGAUGUA